UGCUUGCAGUCGAUAAGCAAAUGGAGUGCACAAGAUGGGAUCCGAUGAGGACCGUGUCCCAGAGAAGGAGUUAAAAAGCGUGAACUCGCACCCGCUUCAUUUGAAGUACUCAAUCACCCAUGCGACGUCAUUCUGGUCCGUGUGUAGUUUCCUGUUAACUGCGAGGACGUCAGCUGAUCUGUAUAAACCUCACGCUGAAUGCAUGUAUGGGAUGUUGGAGAGCAAUGAAGGGAGUUAGCAGUUACAAAUCAGGCUACGCAGUUGCAACCAAUAAUAACAGGCACUACACGGUGCACGGAAACACGCAGCACUGAUAAUACUAUUCUACAUGGAGGAUCGAGAUUGGGCUGCUUCCUGCAGCUUAGACGUGACUCUUCACAUCUUUACAUGGUGAACUGAACCCCUGUUCUCACCAGACAUGGAUAAAGGGUGGUUUAUUGGACUUGAAAGGAUUCCUCCAGCACAGUCUGAACAGAGGAGGUCGUGUGUUACUAUUAACCUGACUGAAAUGCUCCGGGCUGACAAGCCUAAUGCGCAGAAGAAGCCAGUUCCAAUCCGCCCCCCGAGCCCCAGAGUUUCGUUCCCAAAACAACAGUUUCACCGCAGUCUCUCCUGUGAACCUACACCUAAACCCAUCAUCCGUCAGCGGUCGCACUCGCUGCCUUCUGCCACUGACAAGAAGAAGCAGUGCAGAAGUGUUGGCGUACGGUUUGUUGACUCUUUGGGACUGGACCUGGAAGACGUCAAGAUAUUUAAAUCGGGAGAGGAUCCACUUGUGCCCCAUCAUGUUACCUUUAGACUGUUGAUGAGUGCAGAGAUGGCAGAUGGAAGACAUAUGGAGAUUUCUUUGCCAUACCUGAAGCCAGCAUUUGCCCAGCAACCUGGAGACCAUCCAGGAUUCCUGCAUCGUCUCCAUGAGCAGAAAGUUUGCCUUGAGAGAGUCCUGUGUUUUGAGCUGGGGGUCAUCGGAAUCACCCAAGUCCUCAAUUUGGACUUUGAGAAAGAUGUGACGGCUCGUUAUUCAUUUACAGGGUGGAAGAGCUGCGCAGAAGCUAAGGCCUCUUGGGUGUCCAGCAUCACUAAGAACUGUGAGGGCAGAAUGGGCCAAAUCAGCUGCGAUACAUUUCGUUUUCAUCUGCCUGUACCUCCAUUCCUGCAACCCGAAGCAGUGUUAGAGUUUGCCAUUCAGUACCAAGUCUGUGGUGCUGUGUACUGGGACAACAACGAUGGAAAGAAUUACAAGUUAAUUUGCAAGAACUACAAGCUCUCUGUGCCCAAAGAAUGCGAGGAUAGCAUGGUGCACUUCACUUAGUAUGCACACAAAAGGGAGAAGAGUUUGAGUAUUAGAACACUUAAUGAUUACAUGUAGCAAUAUCUAUACAAAAAACACUCGGUAAACACAUCAUCUGCCAAGGCCAUUUGGGGUAAUUUUUGCAAUUUUUAACCAAUCUGCAUAAAAAUUAAAUUUUUGAGCAUGCUACAGCUUGCCAUAAAAUCCUUUGGGAUUUGGCUUUUUUGGGGGGAUUUUUUGUGUAUUGUUAAUGGCAAUAAGAUAAAGAAAUGCACUGAUGGAGGCAUAACCACACGCAGGAAACUGUUCAUGCUCUUAGUAGUGCUGGCAUAGUAGUAGUUUGAAUAAAAUACACACACACACACACACACAAGUGCACUUACACCUGGUGCCAGCUUUACUGCCACUUGUAUUUUUGUUUGUAAAAAUUGCACUGAAUUGUUAUAUUUUCCUAAUAAAAGUUGCACUUCAGUGUGGGAACAUCCCGUACAAAAUUGUUUGGUGAAACUGAAAUUAAUGGACUUCACAGUCCAGGCUUUCUACCAGCUGGAUGUUGGUCUUCUGGACCGGUUUGCUGAGUUUUCAGGAUCUGUAUUUGGAAGUCAAAUGUUGUCAAAACAUGCCAUAGAUACAGUGUAAAUGUUUCUCAUGUGCUAAGCCAUAUUUAGCUUAUGAAAUGCAGGAGUCCCGCAUCUCAAAUGGGCUUUAAGAUGCCUUUCUAAAAAAGCUGUUAUGUAUAUUCUUAAUUACAGAAUACUCUAACAAACAUGUUUUGUAAAUAUUUCAGCCAUAGGAGAAUAAAUGACUUCACACUUGA